CUGGCAUUCAACCACCGACAUCAGGUACAGAGAACACGGAUAUCAGAGAUUUCCAACAUGCCUUCCGCGGCAGGUACGAAACGGGUUCGCGGAACCUCAAUCUUUCGACCAUUCAUCUUCGGCAGCGAGGCCCAACCCUUCGAUCCCGCAAAGAAACCGUCGAACGUCCCCGCAGACCACACGCACCAGUGGCGCGUAUUUGUGAAAGGCGUCAACGGCGAAGACAUCUCCUACUGGCUGAAGAAAGUGCAAUUUAAGUUACACGAGACCUACGCGCAGAACGUGCGGACAGUCGAGCAGCCGCCCUUCGAAGUGACGGAAACCGGGUGGGGUGAAUUCGAGAUCCAGAUCAAACUGUACUUUGUGCCGGAGUCGACCGAGAAACCGCAGACACUAUGGCACAGCCUGAAGCUGCAUCCGUACGGGCCUGACGCAGAGGCCCGCAAGGAGCGCCGUGAUGUCGUCAUCAGCCAGAACUACGAGGAGGUCGUUUUCAACGAGCCCGUCGAGCAGUUUUACGAUCUCCUGACGGGGGGGCCGGCCUCGGCGCAGCCGCAGAAGGGCAAGAGCGGGAAAAAUACCAAGCAAGCGCAGCAGCCACAGCGCGGGGGACGCACGGCCGAGAUUCCACUGCACGAGACCAAUGACAAUCCCUACAGCAGGGAUACGGAGCGCAAGGAGAUGGAUCGGCUGGGGGACGCCACUCGCACGGUCGAGCAGAUGAUCAAGGAGGAGAAGCAGCGGUUGGUUGAGCGCGAAAAGAAGCUAGCUGAGCUACGCGAAAGCGAGGGCGUUCCGGCCAACACGAAGAAGAGAUAGUGGCUACCCCGGACGCCCUUGUUGCGUAUUUCCGACUGUCACAAACUCAAAUGCGCGCUUCUCUCCCCUCCCCCCUCCUCCCGACUGUUGCCAUACAUACCCGUGCCACCUACCUAUUAUCGGCACACUCCAACCCCAAGGGACAUUCGUUCCCUGAAACCCAGCGCGCAAGAUGCGUGGGCAUUCCACAUACUACUACAAGCGCUGAGAAGCCGGUCUUCCCCGCAGCCACGAGAACAUCAGCUCCAUGCAGCUUGUGCUUCUCCCAUGAUAUCAAUGCUCUGGGAACUUUCUAAAACCGUUCCACGCAAGGAGCGCGAGAAUCGAUCAGCUGCCAUGCCCUCUGUGGCGCCGAUGCCUAUCAACAAAUACGAUCCACAAAUACGAUUGUCUUAACUCAUGACAUGUCUUCAUAGUUUCGUUAAAAAACUUAGAAUACAAAGUUACAUAUAUCAUCU